CCCACAUGCACUUAACAGCUCUGACAUCAGGAGACAAGCAAAUAUAAAACACUCCGUUCUAAGAGAGAUUCAACAGAGAAUCCCCUCAGGAGUUCAAGCUGGCUUUAUAUUUAUGUGCCUCAGUCUCUACUCAACAGGCUGUGAACCAGAGAGUUGUCAUUCACUCUUGCUUCAAGCAAAAUGAAAGUUCAAAAUCUCCUGUCUCUGGGAUACAUGUUUUUGCCCUUGCUAUGUUUUCAGCAGGCCUGGGCUCAAUUCCCAAGAGAGUGUGUCACGGCCGAAGCUUUGAGAAGCGGUGUGUGUUGCCCAGACCUGUUCCCCACAUCUGGGCCAGGCACUGAUCGCUGUGGCUCCUCAUCAGGGAGGGGCACAUGUGAGGGAGUGACUGCAGACUCCCGACCCCACGGUCCCCAGUACCCCCAUGACGGCCGAGAUGACCGGGAGGGCUGGCCCACACGGUUCUUCAAUAGGACAUGCCACUGCAGUGGCAAUUUCUCAGGACACAACUGUGGGACUUGCCGUCCUGGAUGGGGAGGGGCUGCCUGUGACCAGAGGGUUCUCACAGUCAGGAGGAAUGUUCUGGACUUAAGCACAGAAGAAAGGAACCACUUCAUCCAGGCCCUGGAUAUGGCAAAGCGCACAGAUCACCCCCAGUUUGUCAUUGCCACCAGGCGGUCAGAAGAAAUACUGGGGCCAGAUGACAACACACCACAAUUUGAGAAUAUUUCCAUUUAUAACUACUUUGUUUGGACACACUAUUACUCAGUCAAAAAGACCUUCCUUGGAACAGGACAGGAGAGCUUUAGUGAAGUGGAUUUCUCUCAUGAAGGACCAGCUUUUCUCACGUGGCACAGGUACCAUUUGCUGCAGUUGGAGAGGGACAUGCAGGAAAUGCUGCAGGACCCUUCCUUCUCCCUUCCUUACUGGAAUUUUGCGACUGGGAAGAACAUCUGUGACAUUUGCACCGAUGACCUCAUGGGCUCGAGGAGCCUCUUGGAUUCUACCCUGAUAAGCCCCAACUCUGUCUUUUCUCAAUGGCGAGUGGUCUGCGAAUCCUUGGAAGAUUAUGAUACCCUAGGAACUCUUUGUAACAGCACUGAAGGUGGGCCAAUUAGGAGAAACCCAGCUGGAAAUGUGGCUCGGCCGAUGGUUCAGCGUCUUCCUAAACCACAGGAUGUUGCUCAAUGCUUGGACGUCGGUAUAUUUGACACACCUCCUUUUUAUUCCAAUUCUACAAACAGUUUCCGAAACACAGUGGAAGGUUACAGUGAUCCCACAGGAAGGUACGACCCUGCUGUUCGAAGCCUUCACAAUUUGGCUCAUCUGUUCCUGAAUGGAACAGGGGGGCAAACCCAUUUAUCCCCAAAUGAUCCUAUUUUUGUCCUUCUGCAUACUUUCACUGAUGCUGUCUUUGACGAAUGGCUGAGGAGAUAUAAUGCUGAUAUAUCCACAUUUCCUAUGGAAAAUGCCCCUAUUGGACAUAAUAGACAAUACAAUAUGGUACCAUUCUGGCCUCCAGUCACCAACACAGAAAUGUUUGUUACUGCUCCUGACAACCUGGGAUAUAUUUACGAAGUUCAAUGGCCAAGUCGGAAUUUUAGUAUUUCUGAGAUUGUGACCAUAGCAGUAGUCGCUGCUUUACUACUGGUUGCAGUCAUUUUUGUGGGUGCUUCUUGUCUGAUUCGCACCAGAAGCAACAUGGAUGAAGCAAAUCAGCCUCUCCUCACUGACCAGUUUCAACACUACGCUUAAGAACAUGAAACCCAGAAUCCUAAUCAGUCUACGGUAUAACAACAAAUUACCAAUUCUCUUAUACAUUAGUAUCAUAAAACCGCGUGGUUGAAAAAUAAUAGACUGAGUUACUAACUCUAUUUCCUUUUACUUUGUUACUUUCUUCCUUCUACAUGCACAUGUUGGAAUUGAGCCUCUAAAUAUUAUUUUCCAGAGCUGGGAAGAGAGACAGUCUUUUCAGUGGUUUCUAUUUUUCCAUUCUAUUUAAGUGGUAGGUUGCACCAACUCCACAAUAUUUAAGUAGAUAGCAUGAAGAUCUUUGGGAUAUUAGAAGUCAACUAACUAUAUAUAACAAUGUAAAUAAGAUGCUGUGCUUUGUUUAUGUAUGAAGAAAAAUCAUGACUGAUAGUAAAUCCCUAAUUAAAAUGCAUGAGUAGGCAUUUAUAUAAUGUUAAAACAUAAAUACAUUUCCAUUCACUGACACUGACCAACACUGGCAUUGGCCAAAAAAGAAGCCACACUUAUUAGUCAAAAUGAAUUAUGUAGAGUUAUAUAAAUGGGAUCCCAAUUAACUUUUUCAAACUGGUCUUCCCCUCUGGGCAUCAGCAUAUAUUAUUUAGACUAAGAUUCAAAGUCACACAAAAACAAUUAUUUGUUACACUUUGGAGAGGUAAAAGCUUCACUUUGUUUAAAAGACAGUUGAUACUGCCCAUGUUUGCUACUCUUGUUCUCCUACCUCUAAACUCAUUGAGAAAGGAACUACCCAUGCAUACAUUUCACCUCUCAAUUCCUCUUCUAAUAUCUUAGAGGACCCAUAAAAGGCAGAAAAGUUGAAGACAUGCAUCAUAGCGCUCUACAAAUGGCAUGCAAUUGACUGUUAAUCCAGAGAGCAUUUUCCUAUCAUUUAUCAGCCUUUCAUACAUUUUCAAAAUUAAAUAAUAAAAUAAUAUUUAUCAAUCCCCUUUUUCUAUGCAAUUCUGAAAGAAUGUCAUUCUUUUUUUCUCCUUUGUCUUCUAAAAUAAAUUUUUUCUCUCUCUCUUUUUGAUCUUGUGCUACUGAAACAAUAUUUGCAAUGAAGAACUCUAUAGGCUGGUCAUAGUGAACAGACAUUUUAACUAAGAUCAGUAAAAAGAAAUCAUAACAGUAACAAUUGUAUACUAUAGAAAAUGGGUGGUCUGAUAGUUCCAACUCAAUAAACCGGAACAAGACUGAAUUUACAUGUACACGAUUGGUUAUUUGGUUUCACUACAUUAAACAAUCUCAAGGCUAUGUGCAUAAGAUAAAAAGACAAAAUGUGUUUUUGAAAGAGAAGGAAUACAACAGUGGCAUUUCUAAACUUUGAAAUAGCAUUACUAAAUUGGUUUUCUUGAAUAUGUUUUGAUUUAUUAAAAUACAUGCUCAUAGCUUUGCAGAUAAAGUAUUAUAUAAUGUAAUAUUUCUUUUUAUAUAAACAUUAAUGAAACUAAGCCCCCUCCACUUCAUAUUUUUGGAGAUUUACUAAUUACUCAUUUUAUAAACAUUUAUUAAACACAUACUAGUUUUCAGACAUAGUUCAGCAUACUGUGGAUUUGGGGAGGGAAAACUGAGGACACAUUUGACUCGGGCCUCAAGGAAUGCCAAUGGAUUUACCAAAUAAAAGAGUAGGAAAGAGCCCUACACACAGAAGUGACAGCAUGAGCAAGUCGUAGAACUUUGAAGAGCAUUUUAUAUUCAACAAUGUAGAGUAUGUCACUGUAGACAGUUUUCAUGGAAAGGAUUAGAAAGAUAAAUUCCUAGUGAAUUAAGUGUCUAAUGCACAAUCUCAAGAAAUUUGGAAUUCUUCCUAGAGGUAGAAGGAACAGGAGAGAGUCAUAAAGCAUACUUUUUAAAGAUAAAGGUGGUGGUGGUAUUUGUCAAGAAUGUUGAUUAAGAAUGAUUUGGAAUGGUUGGAGUAGAAGCUAAGAGACUAGUUAAUAUUGAAUAGUUCAUGGGAGAGAGGAUGAGGGCCUGUCACAAAACAU